AUGGCCUUCUUGAUACAUGCAACAGCCCUCGUCGCCUUCACAACUGCCAUCGCCCGUGGCCAGGGUGUCGGCCUCUAUGGAUGUCAGCCGCAGGCUGUUAUCACGAGUUUGACGGCAUGCGACGAGUUUGCAGCCACAGAUUCCUCGUGCUUCGCCAAUCCAAAGGCCACUGCCUUUAUCGAAGAGUGUUUCUGUCAACAGGCCGUUCUCAACAAGAUCGUGGACUGCGAGAGCGAACUUCGUCUCUGCUACCUCAAUGACCAGUUCGACUACUACGCCACCGAUCUGCUCUCGGAUUGGCAUAGUUGGUGUGACAAACGUAUCACGUAUACGCCGACCACACCUGUCCUCAGCACUCCAACCACGACGGUUCCAACAGAUGUGAAUGGAUUUUGUGGCGAUUACACCACGUCCUGCGCAGUGUGGGCUGCGGCGGAAUCGGCUUGCUUUGACCUUGAUCCCUCGGCGACGGCGGCAUCGUUCUUGAGCUGUGCGUGCUCCACCGACCUCCUGUCGCUUGCCUCGGUCUGCUUGUACGAUGUAUCGACCAGUUGUUUCGGCCGAAGUGCGGUCUUGACUGACAUAGCUCUAUUCUCAAUCUGUGGCACGACAUACAGCAAUGACCAAUUGAUCACGGCGGCGACGGCCCCUGCCGCCGCUGGUUUGGCGAGCAGUGCUUCAGCAUCACAGAUACCAACUCCACCGUCCUCGCAGACCGUGGCAAAUACUGCCACAGCUCAGAGCACCCAGAGCAAGCCAGUGAGUCAGGCAGUCCCUGCUACCAGCACGCCGACCUCUGGAGGUAGAGUCAUUGUAAUUUCUGCAGGCUUGUUGCAGGCGGGGAUUGCGAUCACAAUAGUAUAUCUGGUGUCUCACCUGUGGUGA